AAAUUAAACGUAAAUUCCUAAACCCCUUAGAAAAAGAAAAAUACCUAAACCCUACAAAACCCUAACGACAAGUUCGUCCGACUGGUGCUUAUUCUUGAGCCCUCUCUAAAACCAUAGCCAGAGCAAGUUCGGCCGACUGCUGCUCAUCUACCUUCUAUUGUAAAAACCGCUAUAGCGGCGUCAACGGUAAAUUGUGUUUGAUAAUAGAGGCCAACAGCCAACAACCACUCCGAACUCUCAAGCUUGAAAGCUCCUUGUCUCUGCCGACUGCCGACUCCGAGCGUCCCGGCCUUCGUUCCACCGCUUCGUUUCAAGUCACCCAAGGACAGAAAAGUUUCUUUCGUUAUUUAUGGCUCGGGAGAACUGAAUAUUACUGCUCUUUCAGAGGCAAUAAACGAAGGAGUUUGAGCCAUAAAUUUUGGUAAAUAUGGGAGUGAAGAAGAAUUUUAGGGAUGGCCAGAAGAAAAACAAGUCUAUCAUGGACGGUUCCAAGUUCAGCAAAGCUUCCAAGCAACCGUUCAAAACAACCAAGGGCUCGAACGAUGCUGUUAAGUCUGCAGCACUAGCCUUGCAACUUGAAGACGAAGUCCCUGAUUUCCCCAGAGGUGGGGGAAGUUCUCUGAGCCGACAAGAACGCGAUGAAAUCCAUGCUGAAGUUGAUGCUGAGUUUGAGGCUGAGGAGCGGGAUCAGAAGAAGAAUAGGAGAAAAAAGAUGCAGAAGAAGACUCAGGCAACAGAGGACGAUUUUGGUUCUCUUUUUGGUGAUGGCAUAACUGGAAAGCUACCUAGAUAUGCAAAUAAGAUCACUUUGAAGAAUGUAUCCCCUGGAAUGAAGCUUUGGGGAGUUGUUGCUGAAGUAAAUGAGAAGGACCUUGUAAUUGGUCUGCCUGGAGGCCUACGUGGAUUAGUUCGUAUGGCUGAUGCUUUGGAUCUUGAUGUGAAAAGUGAAAUUACGGACUUGGAAAAUAAUAUCCUUCCUAGUCGGUUCCAUGUUGGGCAGCUGGUUUCUUGCAUAGUGUUGCAGCUAGAUGAUGAUAAAAAAGAUGUAGGGAAGCGCAAGCUCUGGCUUUCUUUGCGUCUUUCUCUAUUACAUAAGGGUUUCACCUUGGAGGCUGUUCAAGAAGGGAUGGUACUUACUGCAUAUGUCAAGAGUAUACAAGACCAUGGUUACAUUCUUCAUUUUGGAUUGCCUUCUUUCACGGGAUUUUUGUUAAAAAAUGACCAAGCCGUGAGGGGGGAGGUUGACGUCAAAAUUGGGCAACUUCUACAAGGGAUCGUUGGGAAAAUUGAUAAAGUUCGUCAAGUUGUCUAUCUGAAUUGUGACACUGACACAGUGUCUAAAUGUGUGACCAAGGAUGUUAAAGGAAUUUCGAUUGAACUUCUCGUUCCGGGUAUGAUGGUUAAUGCUCGUGUACAGUCAACUCUUGAAAAUGGGGUUAUGUUAUCAUUCCUCACUUACUUUACGGGAACUGCUGAUAUUUUUCAUUUGCAAAAUAGUUUCCCUUCUGCAAAUUGGAAGGAUGACUACAGUCAAAAUAAAAAGGUUAAUGCACGGAUAUUAUUUAUUGAUCCCUCGACUAGAGCUAUUGGGUUGACCCUGAAUGCGCAUCUUGUUCAUAACAAGGCCAUUCCUUCAAAUGUUAAAGUUGGAGAUAUAUAUGAUGACUCAAAAGUAGUCAGGGUUGAUAAAGGAUUGGGCCUUCUGCUUGAAAUACCAUCUACAGUUUCCACUCCAGCAUACGUUAGUAUAUCUGAUGUGGCUGAAGUGGAAGUGUUGAAGCUUGAAAAAAAGUUCAAGGAAGGAAGUCAUGUCCGGGUUCGAGUUCUAGGAUUUAAGCACUUGGAAGGGCUUGCUACAGGGAUUUUGAAGGCUACAGCUUUUGAAGACUCUGUAUUCACCCAUGCAGAUGUCAAGCCUGGGAUGGUUGUGAGGGCAAGGACUCUAGCUGUUGACAGCUUUGGCGCUAUUGUGCAAUUUCCUGGCGGUAUGAAGGCUCUUUGUCCCGUCCAGCAUAUGUCUGAAUUUGAAAUUGCAAAGCCUGGAAAAAAAUUCAAGGUUGGAGCUGAGCUGGUAUUCCGUGUGCUUGGUUGCAAAUCUAAGAGAAUAACUGUUACACACAAGAAAACACUUGUGAAAUCGAAACUUGGGAUUCUUAGUUCAUAUGCUGAUGCUGCUGAGGGAUUAAUAACACAUGGAUGGAUAACAAAGAUUGAGAAACAUGGAUGCUUUGUCCGUUUUUACAAUGGAGUCCAAGGAUUUGCUCCCAGGUCUGAACUUGGAUUAGAGCCAGGAUGUGACCCAAAUACGAUGUAUCAUGUUGGACAAGUUGUCAAAUGUAGAAUAAUGAGUUCAGUUCCUGCUUCUCGGAGGAUCAACCUUAGUUUCAUAAUAAAACCUGCAAGGGUUUCUGAAGAGGAUAAGGUCACAUUAGGUAGCCUUGUUUCUGGAGUUGUUGACGGGGUAACCACCCAUGGCGUUAUAGUCUAUGUGAAUGCAAAAGGUUACUCAAAGGGCACAAUUUCUCCUGAACAUUUGGCAGACCACCAAGGGCAUGCUGCUUUGAUGAAGUCAGUUUUGAAGCCAGGAUAUGAGUUUGAUCAACUGCUGAUAUUAGAUAUUGUUGGUAACAAUUUGGUACUCUCUGCAAAACAUUCUCUGAUCAAUUUCUCUCAGCAACUUCCUUUGGAUCUCAGUCAGAUUCGUCCCAACUCAGUAGUCCAUGGGUACAUCUGUAACUUAAUUGAAACUGGUUGUUUUGUCCGCUAUCUUGGGCGUUUGACUGGUUUCCCUAGAAACAAGGCAACAGAUGACCAAAGGGUUGAACUUUCAGAGUCCUUUUACAUUGGACAGUCUGUUCGUAGUAAUAUUCUCGAUGUCAGUAAUGAAACAGGUAGAAUAACUGUUUCCUUGAAGCAGUCAUCUUGCUAUUCGACAGAUGCAUCCUUUAUUCAAGAAUACUUUGUUCUGGAGGAGAAGAUUGCUAGGUUGCAAUCAUUGGAAUCCAAAGGUUCUGAGCUAAAGUGGGUUGAAGGAUUUAGCAUUGGCAGUGUCAUUGAGGGAAAAAUUCAGGAGGUGAAGGAUAUUGGAGUUAUUGUUAGCUUUGAGAAGUAUCUGGAUGUAUUUGGUUUCAUUACCCACUAUCAAUUAGGGGGAACUACUGCAAAAAGGGGCUCGCUAGUUCGUGCCGUAGUUCUGGAUGUUUCUGUGGCAGAACACCUAGUGGAUUUAUCUCUAAAGCCAGAGUUUUUUUAUGAAUCCAGAGGAGGAAGUUUAAAAAGCCAAUCUCAAAAGAAGAAACGCAGAAGAGAACCAUCCAUGGACUUGGAAGUGGAUCAAACAGUGAAUGCAAUUGUGGAAAUUGUGAAAGAGAAUUACUUGGUCCUUUCAGUGCCAGAAUAUAAUUAUACUAUAGGUUAUGCAUCGUUAUCCGACUAUAACACCCAAAAGUUUCCUCGGAAACAAUUUCUGAAUGGACAAAGUAUCAUUGCAACUGUUGUGGCUCUUCCAAGCCCUUCAACAUUCGGGAGAUCGCUAUUGCUUCUUAAUACGAAGAGUGAAGCCAGUGAAACAAAAAGAUCCAGAAAGAAGUCUACCUGUGAAGUGGGAUCUCUGGUUCAGGCAGAGAUUACUGAAAUUAACCCUCUUGGACUGAAAUUAAAAUUCGGACUCAGUUUUCAUGGACGAGUUCAUAUAACAGAGGUGAAAGAUGUUAAUGCUUUGGAAGAUCCAUUUAGUAACUUAAGGGUUGGGCAAACAGUGACUGCAAGGGUUAUUGCUAAAGCUAAGCAAUCAGACAAAAAAAGCUACCAAUGGGAUCUUUCGUUGAAACCUAAAAUGCUAGCAGAUUCCUUUGAAAUGGAGGGCAAGCUGAUGGCCAAAGAUGUUGAUUUUUCAACUGGACAAUGCAUCACUGGUUAUGUAUAUAAGGUGGACAGUGAAUGGGUUUGGUUAACAGUAUCUCGAGAUGUAAGAGCUCAGCUUUUUAUUCUUGACAGUGCAUCCGACCCUAGUGAACUAGAGGGAUUUCAGAAGCGCUUUCAUGUGGGAAAAGGUGUUUCUGGUCGUAUUUUAAGUAUUAACAAAGAGAAAAAGCUAUUACGGUUGGUUCUACGUCCUUCAUUUGCUGUCGCAAAUGGAAAUGUUGCUGGUGUAGAUUUAAAGAUGGAUGAUCAUUUGAAAGAUGUUACAUCUUAUGUUCAUGAAGGAGAUAUUGUGGGUGGAAGAAUAUCCAAAAUACUUGCAGGUGUUGGUGGAUUGCUCGUGCAGAUUUGUCCUCAACUGUAUGGUAGAGUACAUUUUACGGAGCUUAGAGACUCAUGGGUGCCUGACCCAUUAUCUGGAUAUUACGAAGGGCAAUUUGUCAGAUGCAAAGUGCUGGAAGUCAGCCGCUCUGUCAAGGGCACCAUUCAAGUUGAUUUAUCAUUACGUUCUUCUUUAGAUGGCAUGCUUACUGAGUCUUCUGCUGAAAUCUGCAACAUACAGCAGCCUCAUUCCAAACGUGUUGAGAAGAUGGAGGAACUACAUCCUAAUAUUGUUGUACAGGGUUAUGUUAAGAAUGUUACAUCUAAAGGAUGUUUCAUUUGGCUUUCUCGGAAGAUUGAUGCCAAAAUCCUUCUCUCAAACUUAUCUGAUGGAUAUGUUGAGAACCCUGAGAAAGAAUUCCCUGUUGGAAAACUUUUGACUGGCAGGGUGUUGUCUGUGGAGCCUUUAUCAAAGCGAGUUGAAGUGACAUUGAAGACAUUGGGCAGAAGCAGCUCUUCAAAAUCUGAAAUUGAUGCUUUGAGAACUCUGCGUAUUGGAAAUAUUAUGUCUGGCAGAAUUAAGCGGGUGGAAUCAUAUGGCUUGUUCAUCACAAUUGACGACACGAACUUGGUUGGAUUAUGCCAUGUGUCAGAGCUUUCCGAUGAUCAUGUUGAAAGCAUAGAAACUAAAUACAGAGCAGGGGAGAGAGUGACAGUGAAGAUAUUAAAGGUGGAUGAACAAAGAUGCCGCAUCUCUCUUGGAAUGAAAGGUUCCUAUAUUGGUGACGGUAUUGAUUUUCAACUACCCUCACAACAAGAACCUGAUGAAGCCAUUAGAGAUAAUGGUUUUACUACUUUAUUAACAUCUCCUGGUAGUAGUUUGCUUGGGACUCAAAGUAUGGAUACUGAAGAUGAAAAUGGAGAUUGCCCAAUUCUUGCACAAGCAGGAUCAAGGGCUUCCAUUCCACCACUUGAGGUCAGUCUUGAUGACAUAGAUCAAUCCAAUAUUGAUAAUUUAGUCGGUCAAGACCAAGAGAAUAUUGAUGAGGCAGCCACUGUACAUGAAAAGAACAAGAGACAGGCAAAGAAAAAGGCAAAGAAAGAGAGGGAGCAAGAAAUUAGGGCUGCUGAGGAAAGACUAGUGGAGAAUGAUAUACCAAGAACUGCUGAUGAAUUUGAAAAACUGGUUAGAAGCUCUCCUAAUUGCAGUUUUGUAUGGAUAAAGUACAUGGCUUUCAUGCUCUCUAUGGCUGAUGUUGAGAAAGCCCGUUCUAUUGCUGAAAGGGCUUUGAACACAAUUAAUAUCCGAGAAGAGAACGAGAAGCUUAAUAUUUGGGUGGCUUAUUUUAAUUUGGAAAAUGAGUACGGAAAUCCUCCACAGGCGGCUGUUACAAACGUAUUCCAAAGAGCUUUGCAGUACAACGAUCCGAAAAAGGUCCAUAUGGCACUCCUGGGAAUGUAUGAGAGGACUGAGCAACAUAAAUUGGCCGAUGAGCUUCUUGACAAAAUGACCAAGAAGUUCAAGCAUUCAUGCAAGGUUUGGUUAAGACGUGUGCAAAGGAUGUUGAAGCAACAGCAGGAUGUGGUUCAGCCUGUUGUAAAUCGUGCUUUAUUAAGUCUUCCCCGCCAUAAACAUAUCAAGUUCAUCUCACAGACUGCUAUCCUUGAAUUCAAAUGUGGGGUUCCUGAUAGAGGAAGAUCCAUGUUCGAAGGAAUUCUGCGGGAGUACCCAACAAAAACAUAUUUGUGGAGCGUUUAUCUCGAUCAAGAGAUUCGACUUGGAGAUGUGGAUGUGAUACGUGCCCUCUUUGAGAGGGCAAUCAGUUUGAGCCUAGCGCCAAAAAAGAUGAAAUUCUUAUUUAAGAAGUAUCUCAAGUUCGAGGAGUCUAAAGGCGAUGAAGAAAGAAUGGAGUCUGUGAGAAGGAAGGCAAUGGAAUACGUCGAGAGUACAAUGGCUUGAUUUUUCAUGCUUUGAGAAACGAUUUUAUUCGGGU